ACGGGGGUUGGAAUCCCCCCUUUUUUGACGAUCAAUGCAUUUGAAUGGGGACAUAUAGUUGGAACCCCCCCUUUAUCCUGGGUUGGGAACCACCCCCCUUUUGAAAAUGGCUGGAUCCGCCCCUGGGAUUAAUGUUACAUCUAUUACUCUUGCACUAUAUUGUUGGGGCUUUAAGAAUUACUGAUAAAUUCUAUCUAAAAAGUGGGUCCUUUUUGGUUAUUAUUCAAGUAUUUAUUUAUCCUUAAGGGGCUUUCAAAUUUUGGAGUUUGAGAGUUCCUAAUGAAGGCAAACUAAUCGUAUGAUAGAUCAAUUUAUGUUAUCGGUUCUGGUUUUAAGCCACAUGAUAUUAAAUUCCUCCCUUAUAUUGUUAGAUUAUUACUGUACAGAAAAAAAACCAGUCAGUGCGUCUAGGAUUUUGUGUGAUUCAUAUGCAAACCAAUAUUCUUAGAAUGUCAAAAAAUCAAGUCUUUCCAUAGUGUUCGUGACGUUUCUGUUUGUAAUCUGCUCUGAGGAAUAGUCGCCGAUAUCACAGAGUACACGGUAUCACUUCAUAUCUAUUGCAGGUUAAGUUCUUCAAAAGAUAAAUAUGCGAGUUACGACAGAUAAUGAUAUUAAUCAGAUUGCUUGAACUCGCUUUGAGUUUGAGUAACUGCAAGCAUUUUUUUUAUUCGGUAUUAAUUUUUUUCUUGUAUUUGUAUUAUCUAAUAAAUUGUUAUUAAGUUAAUGUGUGUUUUAUAAACUGGUAUGUAUUGAACGUUCUUGUUGAAGACCCAUUGGUGGCCUUGGGCUGUUUUCUGCUCUUUGGUCGGGUUGUUGUCUCUUUGACACAUUCCCCAUUCCCGUUCUCAGUUUUAUUCUAUUCAGGUUUUUAAUUCCACUAAUAGAGAUUAAAAAUGGAGAGGGUUGAUUGCUUGAAUUUCAACCGAAGACCUGUGCAUGUCCCUAUCUUAAUCAGUGGUUGUCUUUUAGUUGUGCCUUAAUGUUUUGUCCUUUUACAGUGAAUUGGCGUUGAUGGCAUAACUUCGAUAGUUAUUGUUUAAAAUUAUAUUAUAGAUAAAAAUAACGAAAUGUGACCAUGAUGAUCAAUGAGACAUCUAUCCAUUAAAGAUCAAGAUACAAGGAUGUGAAGAAAUACUGAUCACCGUACGGUCUUCAACCAUUAGCGAAACCCUACCGUAGGUAACGGUAGGAGACUUGUCAACUGUUGAAGAACGCGUAUGUUAACCUCGAAAUGAUUUUUCCCCUAUUUCGCACAUUCGUGACAUUGUUUAAUUACAUGUUGUCAAAAUUUGGUUAUUUCAGAUUUAUAAUGAUUUAAAACCAAAGUCUGCAUGAUAAAUAUACAAAACAGCUGCUCCUUUUGACUAUAUUUGCUUUACAAAGUUCAUUCACUCCAAAAGACAAACCUUUUAUAUCUUAGACUAAUAUUUUAUAUACAAAUAAUACACGAUUACAGAAUAUUAGGUAAAUUUUAUAUGAUGUAAUACAUGAAUAUUGUUCAAGUCAAUUACGUAACGUAUAUAAAAAGAUUUAUAUUUUCAAGCGAAAAUUUUCACUGAUCUACAUAUUCGGUUUUUCCGAUUCAAUUGUCAAUGUCAUUGGAAAAACAUAAUGAUCUAGUUUUAUUUUUGUUUCAAAUGAGGUAGGUAUAAAAUUGGGGGUUGAGAAUGUAAAAUGUUAUGUUCAUAUCAACGAAAGAGAUGUGAGACAGCAAGUUCUCAACAAAUGCUCAUGCAAAAUAGACAUCUAUUUUCAGAAUUCCCGACAUGUUUUUUUUUCGUAGUAAAAAUUCAUGUACAAAAUGUGUAAAUGUACUUAAAAAAAAGGUACAGAAGAUAUCAAAAGUACAACAGACAUGAAUCACAAGACAAAGUAACACCAACAACGCCAUGACUAAAACAAAACAACGAACAUCAACAACGCCAUGACUUAAACAAAACAACGAACAUCAACAACACCAUGACUAAAACAAAACAACGAACAUCAACAACGCCAUGACUAAAAAAAAACAACGAAAACGACGAAAGCAAAAACAAAAGUUCACAAAACAUUACAUAGAAAACUAAAUACUGAGCAACACGAAUACCAAUAAAACCCGAGGUGUUCUGGGUGAUUUGGAAGGUUAAGCAGAUUAUGUUACACAUGUGACACCCGUCGUGUAGCUCAUGGUAAGUUCAAAUUCGGUGAUAAGUCUCAUUCGGUGAAGUCAAAAAAGAGGGAAAGAGAUAACAAUUUAGUAAAUCUAUAAUUAUAGUCAUACGGACAGUUCCAAAUAAAAAAAAAGAAAACUGUGACAUUUCCAAAAUGUAAUUACUGACUAUCUUGACUAUCUUGCUACUUUUGGAAUAUUUUAGAUUUUUUAUGAAUAUUCCUACAUGUAAGCCAAACAUAUACAUGUACAUUUUUUUCUUUUCAUAAAUGAAUAUGUAUAUUCUAUUACACCAACUAGCCAUUAAUAAGAUUUCAGUAUAACGUUCAUAUAAUCUGCAUUUCAAAGUACCAUUUCGGAUCUGGGGCUAUGAAUAAUUAAGAUUAUAAUUAAUUACAUUAUUAAACUGUUAAUUGGGUUAAUAAAUAUUUUACUCAAAUGGAAAAUAGUAAAAAAUUUAUGAUACAACUUACUGCAGCAGAUGUGCAUUUUGACAAUUAAAGUCUCUUCAGAGGUGCUUGACGUCAAAAUAUUUGAAAAUCCAAAACCUCAUACAAACAGCGAGGAACUGAUUUAAUAAAAAAAGACCAUGAAUAUAGCCAAACCCGAACAAGUAACCAGAGGGAGAUACACGAUUUAUUAGUUUUAAAAGAGUUUUAUAACCACAAAUUUUAAUAAAACAAUAUCCGUAUUUUCAUGCCAGUUCCUAUGCACUCGGUUGUACAAAAUGUACAUUGUAGCUUGGCUGGUGAUACUCUCCGGAACUAAAUCCACCACAGGUAUGGACAUAAUAAAAAGUUUUGAAAAAAAGCAACAUGUACCAUGAACCUUACAAGUAAAUGUGGUAUGUUCACCAUGUACUAGGCCGGACAUCCUUGUGUUGAUGACGAGUUUAUGUCAGGUUGAUUUAUAUAAUUAGUUGCUGCUAGAAAAAUACUGUUCUUAAAACAACAUACACAUUAACACUAUCUAAUAUAACAUUUUGACACUUUAUAAGGUGAAGUUUUGAAAAGUUUGAAAAUAAAUUCCCCUUUUUGUAACAUUUAAUUUAUCUUAAACCAUGUUCUAAGAUGUGUAAUUUAUUAGCACUUGUUUUACUGUAACACUAAAGAUGUUGUUAUAAACAAUACCAUUAAUUACAGGUAAACCACUCUCUUUUAUCAUUUCUUCCGAAUAGUGUGUGGGGAUUCAGAAUGCAGCAUGCUGUUUAAUAUGCCACAAUAUUUUAUUGGUUUGGUUAUUCUUGUGUCAGCUGCAUUUGGUCUAAUACAAGAAGAUAUAAUUCCACCACUGCUACAAGAUUGUUACUCUAGACAUGAGCACUUAAUGACAACAUCGAACGAAUAUGCUAUCCAAACCGACUGUCUUCACACAUUUCUAAAUACAACUUUCGGGACCAAGACCGUUCUAACUUUAGAUGAAACCGCUUUGAAAUGGUUUGAUUCUCUUGGGAUGAAAACUCGCCGUAUAUUGAAGCGACAAGCACCCAAACGUCGCCGAAGAGAAAUACGUACACUGAGUAAUUACGAACGCCGAGCCUUUUUUAAUGCAAUAAACGCUUUAAAACGUGAUAAGUCCGUUACACCAAACAAGUAUGAUGCAUUCGCCUUAAUGCAUCAAACACUAGCACUACCAUCGGCUCAUGGAGGUCCAAACUUUGUUAGUUGGCAUAGAUACUAUCUCGAACUGUUUGAGAGUGCUUUAAGAGAGAAAAAUAUCAGAGUAACUCUGCCAUACUGGGCUUCAAAUCUAGAACAUGAAAUGGACGAUCCGACACAAUCAGUAUUUUUUACAAGCAUGUUUGUUGGAAAUGGGGUUGGACGCGUUAUUUAUGGACCAUUUGCAAACUGGACAACACCAGCAGGAGGAUAUUUGCAGCGAAAUAUUGGAGCCGAACGAAGUUCACUCAUUAAUGCCACAGCGCUUCGUAAUGUUUUCCUAAAGCGUUACAAUAGAGAAAUCUUAACUCCUACUGCAACUAGGAACAUAGAAAAUUUAGAGAGACACCAUGACAGCGUACAUGUGUGGGUAGGGGGUCAUAUGAGUGGAACACCUACUAGUCCCCAAGAUCCAAUCUUUUUCCUGCAUCAUUGCUACAUCGAUUAUUUGUGGGAAGUCUUUCGGAAAAGACAGUCACAACUGGGAAUAAACCCAGAUACAGAUUAUCCCCCAACAAGAAAUCGAUUUCACCAACCGAACAGAAUAAUGGACAACUUACGGCCACCAAAACGCAAUAUUGAAGGGUAUAGCAGUUAUUUUACGAAUAUAAUUGAGUAUGCCGAACCACCGGCUUGUCCGUACUGUGACAGAAAACUAUUUUUGAGAUGCAACAGCACAACCAAUCGUUGUCAAUCUAGAACAAGAAGUGAAUUUCUGGAAAUGAUGCUUGAAAAUAUGAUUUAUAAAGAAACACCACUAGUUUUACAAAAAUCAGAAAAAUUUGAAGCUACAAUAUUUGAUUCCAGAUCUGGCGGAGGCGGAGGUGGUGGCGGAGGUGGCGGAAAUGGUGGAGGUGGUGGUGGUGGAGGAGGCGGCGCUGGGGGUGGUGGUGGUGGUGGGGGCGGAGGUGGGGGUGGUGGCGGAGGAGGUGGCGGGGGAGGUGGUCGGCAUAAUACAACCUAA